UCAUGUUAGGGCCACACCAGUUAUUCACUGGGAACAAGUCGCUGACAAUGUUUGGGCGAGUGAUCUUCCUUCUGUAUUUGCCAGCAAUAUGUUUUUCACUUGCUCUGUUUCCCAAUGCUGGCCACAAGACACAGCGUCGUCAGAAUCCUGAUGAGAACAUGGUGAACGUGUCCUCCAGUGUCCUCCAAGCAGAAGAGGAUCCUUGCAUGGAGCGACUCGGUCCCUGCAUGCAUAACCUCCGCCAUUAUCUUGCCUUGCAGGGUCCACAACAGAUCGUAGUGGAUGGAAGGCUCGCUGUUCCGUGCGGGUCAAACCUGGACGAGAACUGGAACUGUAUCAACGCUGCCAGUCAGUGUAGAAACCACGACUUCUUCUUGCCCAUAAUAACCUCUCAGAGGACGUGGGAUUUCAUUUGCCAGAACAGCCCAGCAUUUUUAGCUGGGAGGGACUGCUUGGGCAGCUCGCAGCUUCCCUCAGCGGUCUUUGGAUGUGACCCAUCGAUUAACGUAUGCAUACCUACCUGCGUCCAAGCAAGUGUGUUGAAGAUACCCGAAUGCUCUUCAGACGACGCCAACCUCUUGCGGCGCCUGUCAGCUAUCAUGACAGCGCCAAUGCAAGAAACAUGCUAGAUUCAGUUCACGCAUCUCCCUGUGCAAGGAAAUGGCCAUGGAAUCGCCAGCGUUCACAAGGGACUUAACAUGAAAUCAUCAGAGUAACUGCACUCACAAGAGAGAGAUCAUCUACACUGGAACUCUGUAGAAUAAAGGCAUUUGACUGUU